AUGAGCUCUCUACUGCAGGAGAAACUCUGUGAAGUUCAUACUCAGGCACCUCCUCCCAGCAAAGACUUUCAUCACUUAACUAUCACAAAAACUGAGGUUAUCUGGAAAUCAUGGAGAAUUUCGUUUCGACCUAAUCAAGAAAGAUUUUUCCCAAGAGAGGUGAAGAAACUCCAUAAAGAUUUUCUCUUGGAUGAACCAUUACACAAGCAAGUGCAAAACAUCUUUGGAAAUAAAAUGCUAGAGUAUGUUCUGAAUUUGUGUCAAGGACAGUAUGAUUUUCUAAUUCGAAUGCCUGACAAUCUGAUCAUACACAUCUUGUCGUUUCUAACUAUGGAGGAUAUUAAGCAGUUGUCAAAAACAUGUAAAAGAUUUCGGCAGUUGUGCAACACUGAAGAAUUUUGGGACAGACUAAAAAGGCUGCAAGACAAAUACACUCUUGAUGUACACACAGCCAUUCUUCCAGCUUACAAGAAACCAAUGAAUUUCAGGCAAAGACCAGGUUUUCUGACACCAAUACAGAGAAGGCAGACCACAUUCUUUUAA